CAAACGCAAAUGAACAAGAUCUUGUAUAACACGUGAAAAAUCUUUUAUCACUUAUGGAAAUAUAUUAACUUAAAUUUGGUCGAAAGAGCUUUCUGUUGCACUUCCUUGUUAAAAUAUAUAUGAUACUAUGGACCUGAGCUACCCCUCCCAUUUUAAUGAGAACACCUGAGUGGGAAGAUGCUAAUGGUUCUGUUUUCAACAUUGUUUACUACCUUGAGCCUUCCUUGCCUGUUUACUAUAUACCCUACCCUGAAAAUGGCUUUUUAGGAGUUUAUGCUAUAUAGGAUCAGCUGUGAAAGUAUACCCAAGAUGCCUGGACCUCCCCGCCACUUGCUGCUGUUUAUUCUCUUUAUUAGUCCAAUAACUCUAGACACUGGUGGGGAAGCAUUGAGGGCCGUGAUACGCUCCAGUUCUCUGCCUCUGAUCCGGACACUGCAUGAAUAUGGGCCACAGGAACCACAUAUGGCACUCCGACGUGGCCUCAACAUGCAGCACCUGCGUUUUAUGAUGGACCUCUACAGAAGAUCUGCAGGUAGUAAUGGGAGGCCAAUGCGUGGGAGGCAUGUAGGAGCGGCAGUGAGGUUGGUGAGGCCUGUCAACCAGGCAUCUUUUAUUAUGGAUGGUCACUGGCAUAUACAGAAUGUGACGUUCAGUUUGCAAGAUGUGAUUAAAGCAGAGCGGUUGGUGAGGGCUACUUUAAUGCAUCCUCGUUCAACACAUCUGUCUAAUGCCUGCCUCUCAAGCAAAGUGGAUAUUCUCUCAAAUGCUGGUCCUUCACUGAGGACCAAAAUUUCCACUAGAAAUCCUAGGUUUGUUGAGACUGAUCUCACAACCUAUCUCCAGCCUCUGAUCGAAGACUCCAAGAAGACUUUUAAACUUGAACUGCAAAUAAUCUGCAGGAAAGUUAAAAUGCAACCCUCAAAUCUGAUGACUGUCUCUCAGUCUUACAUCCCGUUCUUGCUUCUCUAUCUCAACCACUCAUUACAAAGCGUAGCAGAGGAGGACAGGAUGAAAGCUGAGGAGAAAAAUAGAAGCGAGUCAAGCCUGCUUCUUAGGAAACCUCGUCAAGCAGGGAGUAUAGGCACCAAGCUUCCAAAAUUCUCCAGCCCAAAUUUAGUGUCAAAGAGCCGGUGUGUCUUACGCCCAUUCUGGGUCAGCUUCCACCAGUUGGGAUGGGACCACUGGAUCAUUGCUCCACACAGGUAUAAUCCUGGUUACUGCAAGGGGGACUGCCCUAGGGUUCUUCACUCAGGGUAUAAUUCUCCCAAUCAUGCCAUCAUCCAGAACUUUAUAAAUCAGGUUGUUGAUGGGAGUGUCCCGCGUCCAUCUUGUGUCCCAUAUUCCUAUGGCCCAAUUAGUGUACUCAUGAUUGAACCCGAAGGGAAGAUUCUGUACAAGGAGUAUGAAAAUAUGAUUGCGGAAUCUUGCACAUGUAGAUGAAAAUGAGCAGGUCUAUCCAAUGACCUGAAGGGAAAAAAUACAAGCACUUUAAAAAAAGAAAAAUACACUUUAACUAUUUAAUCUGUUUGUAAACUGUGUGAGUGUGUUUGUAUUUAUAUAUAUAUUUGUAUGUGUGUGUAUUUGUUAUAUCAUGGUUAAGCCAUGACUCUUGAAUAAAACCAGGCCUGCCUAAUAGUGUUUAUGCCCUCAC